AUGUCUUCCACGUCAUCAACAGCCAAUUCCGCAGCCCCUACGAGCAGGGAUGCUUCAAAAACAAACAACCAAGGACUCAGCGACGGAGAAGUUGCUGGAGUAGCCAUCGGCUGCUUCUUUGCUGGCCUCAUUAUUGGGGCUUUUGUCGUUUGGCUGGUCUUCCGAUUCACGGAUCGCCAGAGAUAUGCCAGGCGAAGACGACGGAGCGAAGACCGGGGCAGGUUGGUGUACCACACAAGAGAAGCGAAUACAGUUUCCCUCGGUACUUCUGGAAGCCCCAUGAAACUCGAAAACAUCAUACUGCAGCCUACGCCCGACCGAGACAUACUUUCAGAUUUGAGACGCCUCGAAGACAUCAUCAGGCAACACGUCGAGACGGUUUAUCAUUUUGAGCCAGUUGACGUCGAGUUAACGGCCCUGGCUCACACACUGACUGAUAUUGGAUACAAGGGAAAGCGUUCAGGAAUUCCCGUUGAAACGGUGGCUGGCUGGUGCAUCCAGACCGACACUCGCUGUGGAGCUCUUAGACAUGUCCUUUCCCAGGUCCUCUUCAGCGCCAUCGACUGGAACAAUCCAGGGCCCCAGACAUUACUUCCAAAGUCACCCGUUGCUUUCGCGAAAUCGAUUCACCCAAUUGAAAAGAAUCAAGACAACUUUGACGUCAUGGCGUUUGCCUGGACCCGAUGGCGCACACUCUCGGCGCUAUUUCUGCACCCUGCGCCUCAGGAAAGAACACCUCUCGAGGUCUCUGAAACUGAUAUCCGUGAUCAGGUGGAGGUUCUCGCGAAAGCCUUGGACUCAGCCCUUCACAUUUUUGUGGCGCCUGAUGAUGAAAGUCGACAUCAGCAGAGUGACCAUCUCCGUUUGAUGAUCAUUGAGACUGCUAAACUAGGCUACGUUUUAUUUUCUCACACUAGCGAUUGGAGAUUUAUAUAUAGGGAUGAAUCAGCGCGACGACGCCCUGUCUUGUGCGUCGGUAUGGAGAAGCUGAAUGACAUGGAUGGGCACCGUCUGACUUCUCCGCAGCGGGUUGUAGAGCCUCGUCUGAUGUCUUGA